UGAUUAAAUUUGACAACUCUGUUGAUGGCUUACAUAGCUCCGCAUAAACGGUUGUCAAAGAACCAAGAGGGCCCCCCUCCUAAGCCCGUCCUUCCCAACUUCAAUAAGAGUCUUGAUUUAAACUCAUCAAGAUCAAGUUCUGAUAAGAGGAGGGAAAAGUUUACCACAUAUGCAAAGAACGUCGUUUAUGCUAGUCACUCUAUAUCAAGAUGGCUGGCAAUUCCAUCAAUGGAUGACAUGCAGCUUUCGUCUUCAUUAAGUUUGGCACCAGUUAACUUUCAAUCUACAGAGUUUAAACCUGGAGAGAAAUUAUUCAGUUUAGUUAACGGUCUGUCACAACAAGAGAGCCAUGACACUAAGAGCUGUCGCUUGGAGCAUAUGUGGGAGUCGGUUGCUGAAACUGUACAUGCAGAUCUGCUUUCAGCUUUUCAGAAUUUAAGAAAUGAAUUGGUGGAUCAACAUCUGGAAGAAUCCAAGACAGCUGUUGUUGCUCGAUUUGGCAAAGUGCUUUUUCGUCGGAAUCCUUCAUGCAACCUAGAUCUGGUCAAAGAAAGCUCGGUUUCUGAAUCCCGUAUAAAGCAGCUGAAAAGAAUUUUCUAUACUAAUGUUCCUGUAGAAUACAUGAAACACAUUAAAGAGACAGUUCUGCCAGAGCUCGGUGUUCAUUUUAAUGAAGAAAAAGACGUAUAUCGUGUAAAGCUUGCUGAUGCCAAACGAUCGGAAUCAAUCGUAUCUUGCAAAUUCAGAGUUAAUAAAGAUGAAAAUAAACUUGAACUGUACAAGGCAAGUGCUUUGAUUUUAGCUGUUCAAAGCAUGAGUUAG